AUGUUCAGCGUGUUUUUGCACGGGCAUGGCUUCAUGCUGCUCGAGAACCGCGAGCCAGCCGAGGUCGCCCUGCUUCAAGCAGUCCACGCGAGCUUGAGCGCAGCGGCGGUGUCCUCUCUUCGCGGGUUGCAGUCCCUCUUCUUCGUCGCCUUCCACCUCCUCCUGCCGACGCCAGACUACGAUGCGCAUGGCCAGCUCGACUCAAAGACAGACUACCUGCAAAAGGUGCUCGAGGUUGCGACUCUUUACGGCGUGAUGGACAACCUGAAUCGGCCCGGCUCAACGUUUCAGAACCCCCACUGGGACUAUCCAAAUUGGGAUUCCGGAUGGCUCGUCAUCGAUGUGCCACUCUCCGACGUGAGGCCGGGCGGAGGCCCGAUUGAGAUCUGGCCCGGCACGCAGCACCUGAGGUACGAUCAGACCUUUGUGCACUCGCAGCAAAUACUGCGAAUCAGGGAGGCGGAGCCCCGGCAGUACUCAAAGUGCUUCCCCGAGAUCCUGUCCAUCGCCCAGCUCUGGCCAUCGGCGCUGCUGCACUCGUCGCUCGGCGACAUGGUGGUCCGCAACCCCUCCACUUGGCACCGGGGAACUCCCAACUCGCUCGCUAGCCCGAGGCACAUGCUCUCCUUCAUCUUCCGGAGGCGGAGGCAGCACGCGGUGAAGAAGCCGGUGUGA